CCCAUUGAAAAACACUUUUAUUGCCAAAGCUUCUCAUUUUUUUCCUUACACAGCUUUGCUGGCUGUUGAGUACUCCGUGUGGAUGUUUUUCUCUGAUGUAAGACAAAGCUACAUGCUGUACUCGUCUAAGAUUAGUGAAUGAAAUUUGGUUCGACAGAGGCAGCGGAGAUGUGCGUUACAUCGUGAAGCCGGCUGAUGGACACGCUCGCUGUGUAGCCUUUUUUCCUUUCCCUGGAUGAAUCCCAAAGGAGCUUACACUCUAAUAUCCUGAUGGGAAAAGGGUUCGCUUUAAGCUCGACAUACACGCCUCAUCACAGCGAGAAUACUGUGAAGGUCUGAGGUGAAUCAGAUCAAAGAUCCGUCUUCGAAGAACAGUCCUUUUUGCAACAACCUGUUGGCUGCGGCUGACAUGAAAGCGCCUGUUGGUCUCUAAUUUUUCUCUGUUUUUGGAAAAGGAUCAGAUUUUUCUACAUUUAUUUAUUAUUUACCAAGAAGAGUGAAGACCUGGAUGUAAAGCAAACUUAAGGACUUUUUUCUUUAUAUUUAUUUCAUUUGAAAACUCAUUCUCAGCCAUGAUUCCCACCAAGAUGUUGGUGUACAAGGGGCCCGAUGGAGGCACCCACUCUCAGGUGGGAGUUAACACAAGAAGGCGAAAGAAAUCGACUGGUGAGCUCUUCCAGAAAGGCUACAGGGUCAGGAUGGGCCACGGGCAGGGCGAGAAAGAGGACCAGGACAGCAUGUGGUACAGCCUGGGUGCAUGCUUCCAUGUAAUCUCCUACUGGGGCUUGAGGUUUUUAAGGGCCUUGAGGCUGAUACAGUUCUCAGAAAUUUUACAGUUUUUGAAUAUACUAAAGACGAGCAACUCUAUAAAGCUGGUGAACCUGUGUUCAAUCUUUAUAAGCACAUGGCUGACUGCAGCAGGAUUCAUUCAUUUGGUGGAGAACUCAGGGGACCCUUGGGAAAAUUUCCAGAAUUCCCAGGCACUUUCCUACUGGGAAUGUGUUUAUUUACUCAUGGUUACUAUGUCCACUGUCGGCUACGGAGACGUUUAUGCAAAAACCACGCUCGGCCGCCUGUUUAUGGUCUUCUUCAUCCUUGGUGGAUUGGCCAUGUUUGCAAGCUACGUCCCUGAAAUCAUAGAGUUAAUAGGAAACCGCAAGAAAUAUGGUGGUUCCUAUAGUGCGGUUAAUGGGAGAAAGCACAUCGUGGUCUGUGGUCAUAUUACACUGGAGAGUGUGUCCAACUUUCUAAAAGACUUCCUACACAAGGACAGGGAUGAUGUCAAUGUAGAAAUUGUUUUUCUCCAUAAUAUUUCCCCUAAUCUUGAGCUGGAAGCCUUGUUCAAGCGUCACUUCACCCAGGUGGAGUUUUACCAAGGGUCCGUCCUGAACCCACACGACCUGGCCAGAGUUAAGAUUGAAUCGGCUGAUGCCUGUUUGAUCUUAGCCAACAAAUACUGUGCUGACCCUGAUGCUGAGGACGCAUCCAACAUCAUGAGGGUAAUAUCUAUCAAGAACUACCAUCCGAAGAUCAGAAUAAUCACCCAAAUGUUGCAGUACCACAACAAGGCCCACCUCUUGAACAUCCCGAGCUGGACCUGGAAGGAAGGAGAUGACGCCAUUUGUCUGGCGGAGCUGAAACUGGGCUUCAUCGCCCAGAGCUGCCUGGCUCAGGGCCUCUCCACCAUGCUGGCAAACCUUUUCUCCAUGAGGUCCUUCAUCAAGAUUGAGGAGGACACAUGGCAGAAGUAUUACCUUGAAGGAGUAGCCAAUGAGAUGUACACAGAGUACCUGUCCAGUGCCUUUGUGGGCAUGUCUUUUCCUGUAAUUUGCGAACUCUGCUAUGUGAAGCUAAAGCUCCUGCUGAUAGCAAUAGAGCACAAGUCUGAUCAAAGGGAAAGCAGCACCCUGAUAAACCCUGGAAACCACGUGAAAAUGCAGGAGGGAACCCUAGGCUUCUUCAUUGCAAGUGAUGCCAAAGAAGUAAAGAGGGCACUGUUUUACUGUAAAGCCUGCCAUGAUGAUAUCACUGAUCCCAAAAGGAUAAAGAAAUGUGGGUGCAAGAAAUCCAAGACGGCCAACUACAAGAAAAUGACACUGGCAUGUUGUUUUGAUUGCGGCCGCUCAGAGCGGGACUGCUCUUGCAUGCCAGUUAAUGUGUGUUGUAACACGGACUCCCCUCGACGCCACAUCCCACUCUCUACUGUCUCUGUUAAUGAUUGCUCUGCCACUUUACGUGCCUCUAAAAAUAGCUAUAAUGGAUAUAUCAAAUCAAUUGAAGAGGACCAACAGUUGGCGCUAUCGCCUAAAAAAAAGCAGCGUAAUGGAGGCAUGAGAAAUUCACCAAACUCCUCCCCCAAGAUAAUGAGACACGACCCGCUCCUCGUCCCGGGGAACGAAAUGGAAAGCAUGGACGAGAACGUAAAGAAAUACGACUCCACGGGGAUGUUUCACUGGUGCCCGUCCAAAGACAUCGAGAAGGUCAUUUUGACCCGGAGCGAGGCGGCCAUGACAGUCCUGAGCGGUCAUGUGGUUGUGUGCAUAUUUGGAGAUGUGAAGUCGGCGUUGAUCGGUCUCCGAAACUUCGUCAUGCCCCUAAGAGCGAGUAACUUUCACUACCAUGAGCUGAAGCACAUCGUCUUCGUCGGCUCCCUCGAGUAUCUGAAGCGAGAGUGGGAGACCCUUCACAAUUUUCCAAAGAUCUCCAUUUUACCUGGCACACCGCUGAGUCGGGCAGAUCUGAGGGCUGUCAACAUCAACCUCUGCGACAUGUGUGUCAUCCUGUCAGCCAAUCAGAACAAUAUUGACGACGCAUCACUGCAGGACAAAGAAUGCAUCUUGGCGUCACUCAACAUCAAAUCCAUGCUGUUUGACGACAGCAUCGGGGUCUUGCAGGCUAAUUCCCAAGGCUUCACACCGCCAGGCAUGGAUAGAUCCUCUCCUGAAAGCAGCCCGGUCCACGGAUUAGUCAGGCAGACUUCUGUCACCACUGGAGGAAAUAUUCCCAUCAUAACAGAACUAGCACCAUUAGCAAAGCCAGGCAAAAAACUGCCUGUGAUUUCAUUCAGUCAGGAUAAAAGCAGUGGGACCAACAUACAAAUGAUAACAGAGCUGGUAAAUGACUCGAAUGUUCAAUUCCUGGACCAAGACGAUGAUGACGACCCAGACACCGAGUUAUACCUCACUCAGCCUUUCGCCUGUGGGACAGCAUUCGCAGUCAGCGUGCUGGAUUCUUUAAUGAGUGCUACAUACUUCAAUGAUAAUAUCCUCACCUUGAUCCGGACGCUGGUAACAGGCGGGGCGACGCCGGAGCUGGAGGGGCUGCUGGCAGAGGAGAAUGCGUUACGGGGCGGCUACAGCACACCACAGACCCUGGCAAACAGGGACAGGUGUCGCGUGGCACAGCUGGCCUUGUACGACGGGCCCUUCGCCGACCUCGGGGAUGGUGGUUGCUAUGGUGACCUAUUUUGUAAAGCCCUGAAAACAUACAACAUGUUGUGCUUUGGUAUCUAUCGGUUACGAGAUGCACACCUAAACAGUCAAAACCAAUGCACCAAACGGUAUGUCAUUACCAAUCCACCGUAUGCGUUUGAGCUGGUUCCUUCAGACCUGAUUUUCUGCCUGAUGCAGUUUGACCACAAUGCUGGCCAGUCCCGAACCAGCCUGUCCCACUCUUCACAUUCGUCCCAUUCCUCCAGCAAAAAGAGCUCUUCCGUCCACUCAAUCCCAACCUCCAACCGCACCAACCGCACCAAAAGCAGGGACUCACGAGACAAACAAAAUGCAACAAGGAUGAAUAGAGUGAGCCAAGAAAAGACAUGGUUUACAGAUGAACCAGAAAACACCAACCUGAGGACCAUGCACAUCAAGCCUGUGAAUACACUCGCCGUCAACCACGUCAGUCAGUUUCAAUCAACAAACAGCUUGAUUCAUCCCAUCAGAGAAGCAGAAGACGAGUGCUGAUCCACCGACACCCACUGACACUUGGAUGCUUGGGACUCCCAAAGGACUUAUUGUGUAGAUGUCGGACGGGGACUUAUGAUAUCUUUUCAUGUGCAAACAUAAAUCAUUUAUUGUCAUUGGAAAAGGCAAACCAUACUGCUUUUCUCAAUCGAAUGCUGCAAGCCUAUUGUACAAGCUGACUUAGAAUCAUUAUAAAAUGUACAUGACGACAAUCAUAAUCAAAUCAGCUAUUAGUUUGUACAGCUUAUCUUUAGCGGUGACCAGACUCCAUUAGGAUUUUGUUCCAUUUGUGGGGAAUGAGGGUCACUUCACGGGAAACGGCGAUGUAAAAAUGAUUAUUAUACUUAAGAGGGGAUUAUAAUGGUAACUGGAAGUUUUGCAAUUAUUAAAGUUGCCUUUUUAGCUGUUAAUGAACAACUACUACUGCAUUUACUCUACCCAGUGUUACAGAAUUACUCUGUACAGUAUGUUUAAAAAAAAAAGUGUAUUUUACAUCCUGCUGCAAUCCCACCACAAUGGCACUGACAGUGACUGGCUCAGUGAUUUCCUUUGCCGUUUGGAAGCUAAUUCACAACAUUUGUGACAGUUAAAAAAAAAAAGGCCAGUGUCCAUGUGUAAAUGGCAUUUGGCUCCAGCCUUAUCUCUAUCCAUUUAUAUUUGUCUUAUCUUUGCCUUUUUUGAGUCAUUUGUUAUAAAUGUUUUCAUGUUUUUGUUUGGUUGCAAUGUCCAAAACCCCCAGAAAGAAAAGCUUUUAAGAAUAUGUAGAGUUUCUCCAGGGGGUAAAUAGUUGUUCAUCUUUUUUUUUCUAACCCUUUUUUUAAUAGCCAAAUAUGAUAGAGCUGUUUUGGUGCACUAGUAGAAUAAAACCAAAAUGUCACAGUUUCGAUUACAAAGCUAUUGAUUUUCUUAGGGAAAAAAAUAGACAGAAAAGCCAAAUACUGUGUUUUAGCUUGUCUGUAGGUGAGAUGAAUGUAAAAGCCACAUAUCGCAUGAAGUGGGCAAGUCCUCCUUUGGCUGUAAGCACUGCCUGACACAGGAUUGUCUUGGAGGCUUUUAAGCGCUUGGUUUGAACUCCAUGACCAAUCUUAAUGCUUUAAUCAAACAUGUUCAUGCUUUUUAAAAAAAAACAGCUCUAUCAUACAAAAACAAAUUAUUUUGGCUUAGUAUGUUCUGCCUGCUUAAUAGCAUUCAUAAUUUAUUUUACACAUGUCUAGAAAAGGACUGUUAAUUUAUUUUUGUUUAACAAGAAUGCAGAGCUACACGUGGUUAUUAAUCCUGUCUUAUUUCGAUAAUACAACAUAGCUAUAUGGGCACUGUUGUCACUUUACUCAGAAUCAAUAAAGGGUAAGAGAGGUACAAAAAAAAAAAAAAAAAAAAAAAGCAAUCUGCUAAAUCUCUAAUCCACAGAUCAUGUGUCACAGUUUUAGCUUUGGAUCAAUGUUGCAUGUACAGAGAGAGGUUGUGACAUUUACUGGCACAGAGAACAUCCAAACCGUCCAUCCCUCAGUGCCAGUAAUGUGCCAGGCAGUGCUGAAGCCGAAGGAGGACUCCACAAAGACCCACUGCUGCGAAAAAGUGGCUUCUAGUUUAGUUCCAUUGAUGCUAAUUUGUCUGAGAAACGUACUUUCCUGUUUGCUUUAUACCUUCCCGCUCAGAGGCUAUACUUUUGAAAACUAUAGCCUUUGAAUGCUUACAUUUGAGGCUGUAAUUCCCUGGAGACAACUAGAACUCUAGUCGAUAAUUGAAGUCUUAAUACGAUUUUUUUAAAGGACCCAUUGUUGAUAGCAGAGCAUUAUAGCUAUUCAUUUGUAUGUAAUAUUGAAAGACAUCUGUAAAGCUUAAUGUAAAAUAUUAAUUUCUAGUGUGUUCAUGUUUGAUUGGUAUCUGUGGGGGUUGAGAGACAUUUGGCAUUGCGGUCUAGUUUGUAUGAUUUUGUGAUUUUAUUUUAGCACAUUGACUUGUGUAUACAAUGACUGUGCUAAGUUGAUAUUUCUGACUAUGUCAUAAUACCUACCAAUGCAGUUUAUUGUCUUGUACAAAUAGGCUUGUACAUAAAAUUGUACAUGAUUUCAUUUUGUAUUUUCACAAAUUAAAGCUGAUGUUAUUGUGUUCUA